CUGCUUAGACUACUCUAUGGCUCCCACCAAAGCCAGAAACUGAUUUUCCUUUGUUUACAGCACCGAUGAUAACAUCGCUGUCAGUUCGUGUGAUUUUCGCUAAAAACCUGAAAAUGCUUUUUGCAUUACAUGUCGGCAUUCUGCAGUAAUGACCGUUCAUCUGUGCUGACUGAGCGUAUACUAUAGAACCAAAUUGACAAUUUGACGCGAAUCGUAUGAAGUAAAUAAUGUAGCGAACUAAGAGAUAUUAACAGAAGCUUCAGUUAUGUUUUUUGGCUGAAAAGGUGCAGAAAGGGGUGUGAUGGCUUUGUUUCAGCUCUGAGUCAUCUGACAUGUCUCACUCUUCCAAGCCUCGAUCCCAUCCUUGUGGCCUUUGCGACAAAUCCUUUGCCCAGAUAUCCAUGCUCACCAGACACCAGCAGCUGCACACCUCUCGUCUGGUUCUACAUAAACGCACCCAUGCUGCGGAGAAGCCUCAUACCUGCCGACUUUGCUCCAAGACUUUCAUCUCGUCGGCUCACCUUGCCCUGCACCUGCGCUCGCACAGCGGAGAGAGGAAGUACAAAUGCAGUGUAUGUUCCAAAAUGUUCAUGCAAUCGUCCCAGCUUAUGCGCCACAAGACCAUCCACACUGGCGAGAAACCCUUCAAAUGCCCAGAUUGCAAUAAGUGCUUCGGCCGUGCCUCACACCUGAAAACCCACUGUAGGCUCCACACUGGUGAAAAACCAUUCAAAUGUACACAGUGUGAAAGGGCUUUUACGCAAAAGGCCGGACUUAUUAUACACUUGCGCUUGCACACAGGUGAGCGCCCUUUUAAGUGUGAGAAAUGUGGCAAGGCCUUCCGCACGUCAGCCCACCUGCUUAACCAUCAGGCUCUGGAGCUGGGCGAGGGAAGAUACACCUGUGCCACGUGCAACAAGGGCUUCAGGUCGGUGUCCAUGCUAAAACAACACGAGAAAAGCCACCAGGACAGUGGGAUGCUGUGUUGUAGCGUGUGCUCGGGGGCCUUCGCUCAUUCCUCCUAUCUGCAGCUCAAACUGCACUUACAAAACGGAGAGCAGCUUUUCCAUUGCAAGGUGUGCAACAAAAUUUUCGUGAAGAUGUCCACUUUUGAGAAACACUGCAGAAAACAUCAGACAGAGAUGGAAAGAUGUGAGGACAGGGAAGUAAAAGAGGAAGACGAUCCCCCAUUUGAGCUGCAUACUGCUGUGUCUCCAACGCCUUCGACGUCAGAAGUCAACACACGCUCCAAAACAAGAGCCAAAAUUAAGAGUACAACCGAAAGCUCUUAAGAAUUGACAGGCAUAACAUUCACUUAUGUCUUUCUGUAUUUGUGAUGUAUGACAUAAAAUACGCUUUCAUCUGCUCUUAGUUUUGUAAAAUAAUAAAGAUUAUUCUCUGCAUGCAUGCAAUACAGUCUUAUAGACCAUGAACAGUUGUACAAAAACAUGCCUUUGCACAUUUUUUUUUACAUUUAACUUAAUGAUUUUUUUUAAUCUUAUCAAAAAGUGGUAUCAUUCUAUAUUUUAUCAGCUUUGAAGAUACAGGGGAUGCAUCAUUAUACUGCAUACAGUUACCUUAAUUGGAACCAAUUCUUUAGUUCUUAAACCCCAUCAAAAAUACUAAAACUUACUACUACAUGUAUUAUUUCUUAAACUGUAAGAGAAUUGAGACAAACACAAAAUGUGAACCCUCAGAAAGCUUCAUGGUAAUGAAAGGCUUUUGCUUCUAAGAAUAUAAUAGCCAUUCAGCAGAAAUCAGCACAGAAAAUGUGGAAAAACAUUCAGACCGGGUCAAGCCUUAUGCACAAAUCAUUUCAUAAUGCACAAUUUGUGACAUUUAUGUUUAAGUAAUAGAGUUUUAAUAUAGGUGUGCAAUCAGCUACAUGCAACUGACAAAUAUAGAGAAUAUAUAAAUGCUUGCAUAUAAAUCGACAAUACAUAGAUGCUUGGACAAUCCAUGCAUGGUUAUCAUAAUCCACAAUGUAUUCUGCAGUGAAAAUGUUUGAUUAUACUGUUCACACAGAAUAGAUGUUUAACAUUUAGUUAAAAUAAAAAAGUAAAAUAUUGUUUAAAUG